GGAUCAAACUUCGUAUUUAGAAAUUCCCGAAGAUGAGUCAUUAUUUUUACCAGCAGAAAGGCCUAUUCAUCCCAAACCUAUAGUAAAUAUGCCAAUUCUUAGGAAAAAAUCAACUAGAAUGAAAACAACUGAUUUAAUCGAUCUUGAAGAAGGAAAGAGUACUAAAGAUCCAGAUGUAGAAAUGGAAGAAGUUCAUGAAGAUCAUGAAAGUCAAGAAUUACAAGACCCGAUUACUCAAAAUCAAGACCAAGAUCAAGACGAAUCCGCCAAACUACUUGAGAAAAUAAUAUUAUAUGAUGAAGGACCUGUUGCAGGGGAAGUAGAAGACGACCAAAGAAAGCAGUUGUUGGAGUUACUUAGAGAAAAUCCUGAUCUUUGUGUUCAAGAUAUCUCUGAGUUGGGCCGGACUGAUAUAAUUCGGUAUUGUAUUCCUACCCAAGACAUAUAG